AUGAACUUGAAACUGUUAGUAGCUCUUCUUUCGGCCUCUACUGCCAUUGCCCCCGAAGUUGAAAAGAGAGGUGCCGUGACCGUUCAGAUGUUCCGCACUGUGGAUGAAGCGGUCUCUGUGACUUCAGUGGUAGAGGGUCAAGUCUCUACGGUCACCAACAUCAAUCUCCUGACGACCACCACUACAACCACAAGAUAUACUUCGACUUUCACUUCGACGAUCUUUGGGCAACCGCUUACUUUUGUCAGUGUUUUUGAUGCAUCAUCAACAACUCCUGCUGGAACCACUUCGCAGAAUCCAAGUAGCCCAUCUAGCACUGUUCAAGAAUCUCCCGCCAACUCCACUCCAACCACACAAUCUACGUCAUCUCUCCCAGUAACACUGCAAGCUACAGAUGGAAAUAAUAAUGCGGUUGUGCCUACCACUUCUAGCUCUGGUUCCACUCAAUCGAACGCCGCAACUUCUUCUGCGUCUACAUCCCAACAAACUCAACAAGUAGCUUCCCCUUCCUCCUCUUCCUCCUCUUCCUCCUCCUCUCCUUCUUCCUCUUCUUCUUCCUCUAGCUCAACACAGAAUGGCCCUGCAACAACUGCCGCUCCUUCGUCAUCAGUGGAUGAUCUCGUGUCUUCGGUCGCUGGUAGCAUUACCAGUUUUCCAUCCACCUCUGAUGGCUACAUUCUUGAGAAUGUACUGACCUCGAGGGUCUCUGGUUCGAUUUGUAUCGUUGACUACGAUUACUACUUAGCAGACUACACAGAGACUGUCACGUCAGUAAGCACCAUCUACUCCACCACAACUCUUCUUUAG